GCCACCCUCAUGGUCACCGUCACCGGCCUCAGCCUCUUCCCAAACUCCACCAUCACUGAGCUGCUCCUGGUCGAUGAUUGGGGCGUCGUGUUGGUGAACGGAACCUUCUGGAACAUGGCAGCGUCGGCUGAGAGCUACCUGGUGGAUAUUGCGGAGAUCCCGAAGGAGCAGUUCUUUGUGUUAUUGCGAGGACAGGACGGAACGGGCGCUGUGUUCCAAAGGCUGUCACCCACAAUGAUCUCCAGCUCCUCCUUGAAAAUUACGGCCCAGGACCAGGAGGUUGUGAGAUCUGGAGAGGAAUUUAAUGUAACAUUCACCCUGAGGUUGGAUGGACCACCAUCAACGUAUAACCUGACAGUGAGGGACGACCACAAGUUCACACAUGGGAUCAGGAACUCCAGGGUGACUGUCGGGGGGAAUGUGACGGUUGAUGGUAUGGCCCAUUUCUUUGUCCCAAACGGAACAAGACCAGGAACCAGCAUCACCAUCACCAUCGAAGCCUUAUCUCCAGAUACUGGAGACUUCAACUAUGAAAUGAUGCAGCUCACUGUGAUGGAGCAGGUUGUGGACCUCAUUUCCCCGAACUGCACCAUUACCCACUUGGUCAAACCCUGCCCCUUUCACCCUGGCACCAAUUGCAGUGCAGAGACCUGGCAGCUGGGGGCACUCCUGUCUGACUUGGGGACGGGUAUCGUCAGGGUUUACAGUCGCCUCGGCAACGGCACCUUGGAGACCCGCGAGGUGGAGAUGAACAUGACCGCGGCCAAUUACAGCGCCUCCUGCUGUUUCCCAGAGGUGGAGCUGAUCGCUGUUGAUGGAGCUGGGAAUGUUGGGAAGUGUUCGGUCGGGGUAGGGCUACCCAGUCCCCCCCAGACAUCCCCCACCCCCCAGACGUCUCCUUCCCCCCAGACAUCUCCCAAACCCAGACGUCUCCCACCCUCCAGACGUCUCCCACCAUCCAGACGUCUCCCACCCUCCAGACGUCUCCCACCCUUCAGACGUCUCCCACCCUUCAGACGUCUCCCAGCCCCCAGAAUUCUCCCAGAUUCAGCUCCCUCCCCCGCUUCCUCCGAACCCCGCAAAACCUCCGGCGCAGACUCCUCCUAA